AUGCGCCCUUCAUUAAUACUGUCCGGCCUGUCUUGCGCCGCCUUUGCAAUACUGCCAUGUGCCGCUAUUACCGUUGAUCUGACUAGCGAGGGUAAGCGCUCCUUGUUGUCAUAUAUCCGCAUAGAAACUAACCACGACNNAGACUCGAUCAAAACGGCCGCCUCUACUAUCGCCUACGGAAUGAUGCAAUUCUACAAUGGAAACGUGACUGGCGGCAUUCCUGGAUUGCUUCCGGGUCCAUACUACUGGUGGGAAGCAGGCGCCAUGUUCGGCUCUCUGAUCGACUACUGGUACUACACUGGCGAUACCAGUUACAACGAUGUCACCACUCAAGCCAUGCUCUUCCAAGUCGGUGACAAGGACAACUACAUGCCCAGUAAUCAAAGCAAAUCGCUUGGUAACGACGAUCAGGCCUUCUGGGGCAUGGCUGCCAUGUCUGCUGCCGAGCUCAAAUUCCCAAAUCCUCCUGAAGACCAGCCUCAGUGGCUCGCCCUAGCUCAGGCUGUCUUCAACAGUCAGGCUCUGCGUUGGGACAACUCGACUUGCGGCGGAGGUUUGAGGUGGCAGAUCUUCACCUUCAAUAAUGGCUAUGACUACAAGAACACCAUCUCCAACGGUGCCUUCUUCAACAUUGCUGCACGCCUUGCAGCUUACACCGGCAACCAGACUUACUCCGAGUGGGCCGAGAGAGCUUUCGAGUGGACUCAGUCCAUCGGCCUGAUGAGCGAUGACUACUAUUUCUAUGACGGUAGCGACGACAAGAUCAACUGCACACAGCUCAACCAUAUCCAGUGGUCUUACAAUGCUGGCGUUUUCCUUCUUGGAGCUGCCACCAUGUGGAACGUGACCCAGAGCGAUAUCUGGAGAGAGCGCACCCUUGGCAUCUGGAAUGCAACUCAUGUCUUCUUCACAAACCAAGGUGGCCAGGGAGCUGGACAGAUCAUGUUCGAGGUCGCCUGCGAACCGAACAACAACUGCAACAUCGAUCAACUCAGUUUCAAAGCCUACUUGUCACGCUGGAUGGCCGCUUCUACCAAGGUGGCACCCUGGCUCUACGAUGAUAUCAAGCCUUACCUCGAAGCAUCCGCCCAAGCUGCAGCUCUGUCUUGCAGUGGCGGAGACGANGGCACGACCUGUGGAACCAGAUGGUGGAACAACGGCGUCUGGGAUGGCGCAACGGGUGUCGGACAGCAAAUGUCCGCUCUUGAGGUCAUCCAAUCCAAUCUCAUAGAUAGAGUCCAGGGCCCUGUAUCCAACUCAACCGGCGGAACCUCCAAAGGCAACCCCAAUGCUGGAAGCGGAGGUGACACGAAUCCUAUCGCUGCUCCCGAUCCUAUCGAUACCAGCGACCGGGCUGGUGCUGGUAUCAUCACAGCGCUGAUUCUUGUGGCUCUCGUCGGAGGCGCAUGGUAA